AUGUCAGCAGAUAGUGAUCAACUACACGAGUGGUUGAAAUUAGCAGGAUUAGAAUCAUUCUAUCCCAACUUUGUAAAGAGAAAGGUAACAUGUGAAAGUUUCCUAUUGUUUACCAUGCAAGACUAUGGUCUAGUUGGAAUCAACACUCUUCAAGAUAGAAAGAAGUUGUUUCAUUUGAUUCAACAGCUUAAAAAGCAGUCUUCAACUCCUACAUCUGCAUCUACUCCACCAACUCCUUCUUCCUCCUCAUCGUUUAGUGGAGGUUUGUCCAUGUUGACACAAUCUACACCAAACAUUUCAAGAACUGCAUCUGUCUUUGCAACUCCCUCUUCUUCAUCAUCGGUCGAUCCAAUUCAACAAGCUCAAUUACUACUCAAACAAAGAGAAUUGGAAAAACAAAAGGGAGACUUGUACAACAGUGGUAUUGGAGGAGGGAGCAGCAGUGGCAGUACAUCGUUUAAUCAAAACAUUGAUAGCAUUGCAAAGUCGUUUAACCUCGAUUUCAACUUGGAGAAUGGAUUCGAUGCCAAUCCAUCUACACCACCUGCAAAGAGACCACAACCACCUCAACAACAACACCACCAUUCAUUACCUCAAUUACCAUCCUUGUCACGUCCAUUGACUCCACCUAUUAACAACUCUGCUACCACUGCAGCAACCGGUAAUUUUGAAUUUGAAGAUGAAUCAGAUGAAGAUUAUCUCGGUGAGUUGGAAGAUGGUGACAUUUUAGAAGUGUCUGAAGGAGAAGAAGAACGUAGUGGUUCUCAACUACAAGAUGGAGACAUGUACAUUGAAGAAGAGGAAUAUGAUGAAUCAGAAUAUGUACCAUCCUCACUUAGUAUGACAUCCAAUCAACCACUUUUCCAAUCCAUUAUGAAUAACAAUAAUAAUAAUAAUAAUCAAUUUGGAAUGAAUUCUAGACCAACAUCAACUAACUUUAACAAUUUCAAUUAUGAUAAUUCUCAACCAAUAUUACAACAACAACAACAACAACAAGCUCCAGUCCAACAACAUGUUCCAAUUCCAGUUGCAGUUCCACUUCCAGUUGAACCACCAGUAUCAGACUUUUUCAUUGACAUGAAUGAAUAUGGGCAACGUAUUAGAGUGUGUGUUAGAAAGAGACCAUUAAACAAAAAGGAAACAGCUAAAAACGAAAAGGAUAUCCUAGAAUCUGGUGGCAAAAAAGAAUUAUAUGUUCACGAACCAAAGAUUAAACUUGAUCUUACAAAAUAUACAGAAAAACAUAAAUUUGUAUUUGAUGAAGUAUUUGAUGAAAAUUCAAAUAAUUAUCAAGUUUAUUUACAUACAGCAUAUCCAUUGGUUGAUUCUAUUUUUCACAAAGGAAAGGCGACAUGUUUUGCCUAUGGUCAAACUGGGUCUGGAAAGACAUUCACAAUGAUUGGUAAUGGCGAUGGUUUGUAUGCGUUGGCAGCACGUGAUAUUUUCCAUCGUCUUGAAACCUAUUUCAAGGACCAGUUAGAGGUUCAUGUCAGCUUUUUUGAAAUCUAUGGUGGAAAGUUGUUUGAUCUCUUGCACGACCGUAACAAGUUGGCGUGCCGUGAGAACGAAAAGCAAAAUGUUGUGGUGGUCGGUCUUGGCGAGAGACUUGUCCAAAACCCCGAAGAGCUCAUGUCGGCUAUUGACGAUGGCAGCAAGUGUCGAAGCACAGGGUCGACUGGUGUAAACAGUGAUUCAUCUCGUUCUCAUGCCAUUCUCCAGAUCAGUCUCAAGAACAUCAAGACUCAAAAGCUUCAUGGCAAGUUCUCGUUUAUCGAUUUGGCUGGUAGUGAACGUGGGUCUGAUACCUAUGACAAUGACAAGCAGACGAGAAAGGAGGGUGCCGAUAUCAACAAGAUUGCCAGUUACAAUAUUCCAGCUCCACUUCCACCUCCCGACCAUUUGAAACUUGCAGCUGACAAGCUAUCAUCAUCGUCAGGUAAUACUACUACCACCACAACAAACAACACAAAUACUAAUACUACUACGCCAACAACCACAACCACGUCGACAACAACCAAUUCAACUGUAUCGGCUCAACCCACCUCGAACAACAUUUCAAACAACCAAACCCAACAAACGUUGCAACACCAACAACAACAACUCAUCCAACAACAACAACAGGCACAACAACAACUCCUUCAACAGCAACAACAACAAUUGCAACAAUUACAGCAACAACAACAAGCUCAAUUACAACAACAGCAACAAGCCCAAUUACAGCAACAACAACAACAGCAACAGCUAUUACAACAGCAGCAACAACAACAACAACAACAACAAUCCAGUCGAAUCAAUCCAAAGAUUGAUUAUGUCAGUUUCCACAGAAACCAUUUGGAUCAAUUCGCAGAGCUGUUGAAAAAGGAGUUGACAGCCAUUGCCUACUACGAAGCAGGAAAUAUUUCACUCGAGAGUUAUUUAACUAGCAUUGACCAAUUUUUAGAUAUCAAGCAACAAUUAAUCAACAAUUUAAAGAGUGUAGUUCAACCACAACAACAACAACAAACUCAGCAACAACAACAACCAACGCCAUCACAAAUCCCAAGUAGCAGUAACAAUAAUAGAGAAAGAGCCAAGAGUUUAAUCCAACCUCCAAGAAAUUUUCCAAAAUAA